AUGCGCUCGCUAUACCCAUUAGCCAGACGCUCUGCGACAACCUAUAUGCUGCAUGGUGUGAAGGUGUCCGAGCCGUAUGAUUAUCUUGAAGAUCCUGAAAACCCAGAAACAAAAAACUUUGUGCAAUCACAAAAUAAAUUUUUUGAAGAGUAUCUCUCAGGCAACACCGUACUGCGUGAGAAACUUUUUAAUAAUAUCUCUGCGAUGCAGGAUUAUCCCCGUACCUCGAACCCUCUGUAUCGAAAUGAAAAAUAUUACUAUUUUCAUAACACUGGUUUACAAAAUCAGAGUGUCUUAAUGUGUGCACAAAGUCUGACAGACACGAAUCCCGCUGUAUUUUUGGAUCCUAAUACGAUGAGCAGUGAUGGCACUACAUCAUUACAAACCUACGGAUGGAGCGAAGAUGAGUCACUUUUUGCCUAUGCAGUGAGUGAAAAGGGAAGUGACUGGAAACGUAUUCAUGUAAGGCGUGCAGACACAGCGAAAGAUACUGCAGACACUAUUGAAUGGGCAAAAUUUACAGGUAUUUCGUGGUGGCGAAGUACAGGUUUCUUUUACACUCGUUAUCCUGCGCUUCAGGAGAACGCAGACAAGGGUGCUGAAACAGUCACAGCACAAGAUCCAUUUAUUUGUUUUCAUCGUUUAGGUCAACCACAAGAGGAAGAUGUGGUGAUUCUUUCUGUACCAAAACACCCUCAGUGGAGUCUUUCAGCAGAAGUAUCAGACUGUCAGUCAUUCCUUAUCGUUUCUUUGUUUGAUGGGUGUGAACCACAUAACUUGGUAUGGGUUGCUGAAUUACCAAAAAAUGAGAAAGAACUUGGUUCUGCCCCUCUAAAGUUUAAUGAGUUGGUGAAGGAAUUUGUUGGUGAAUACUCUUACUUGGGAAACAAUGAUGACAAAUUUUACUUCAUGACUACUCAUGAUUCACCACGAAAGAAAAUCAUCUCUUUUGACGUUCGUACUGGUGAGAAAGAGGUUAUUGUAGAAGAAAAAACCUCACUUUUAAGUCAUGCUGCUCUCGCAAGAAACACACUUCUUCUUGUCUAUCUUGAAGAUGUUAAAGACGUACUUUACUACCGUCAUCUAAAUGAUACUUCAAUGCAUAUGAUACCACUACCUAUUGGAACCAUUAGUUCCAUAUGUUGUUAUCGAAAAAAGAAUUUUGUUUCUUUUAAGAUCAGUUCAUUCCUCCUACCAGGACGAACUUAUACCAUGGAUAUUGUCGACCCAUUGGGAACACUUCAAGUUUUUAAAGAUGACACAAUUGAAGGUUUGGUCGUUGAUGAUUAUGUUACAGAGCAAAAGUUCUAUAAUUCCACUGAUGGAACUCGAAUACCAAUGUUUAUUGUUCAUCGAAAAGGAACUGUUACACCUGAUUCCCCAUUGUUAUUGUACGGCUAUGGUGGUUUCGAUAUUUCCCUAACACCUUCAUUCAGCGCUUCACGUAUAGUCUUUCUUCGCAACCUUGGUGGUGUACUCGCAGUGCCAAAUAUUCGUGGUGGUGGUGAGUACGGUGAAGAAUGGCACAAUGGUGGUCGUCGAAAGAAUAAGCAGAAUUGCUUCACUGAUUUUAUUGAAGCUGCAAAAUAUUUGCAUAAAAACGGGUAUGGUUCCCCCAAGACGACUGCUAUUAUGGGAGGCUCUAAUGGUGGAUUACUGGUUGCAGCAGUGGCGAAUCAAGCACCAGAACUCUUUCGUUGUGUCGUUUGCCAAGUGGGAGUUUUGGAUAUGUUUAAAUUUCAUAAAUUUACUAUUGGACACGCAUGGAAAUCGGAUUAUGGUGACCCAGAUAAAGAAGAAGAUUUUAACGUUCUUCAGCAUUAUAGUCCAUUGCAUAAUAUUCGAUCAGGUCUCAAGUAUCCUGCUAUUCUUGUUGUAACUGGAGAUCAUGAUGAUCGCGUCGUUCCACUACAUUCACUAAAGUAUAUCGCUACCCUGCAGCACGAAAACCCAGAAGAAGGGGGACCUUUCUUGGCUAGAAUUGAAGUGGCUGCAGGUCAUGGUGCAGGUAAGCCUACAAGUAAGAUAAUGCGAGAAUCAGCUGAUAUCUAUACCUUUAUAUCCAUGAAUGUUAAUGCCGUGUGGAAGGAUUGA